ACAUCACAAUUUACUCACUACCACAUUUUCCGGUGUAAUUGUUACUUCUCUGAAUCAUUACACAGUUGGCCAAGUCCUGGGUUACUUAUUCUCAGCCUCUUAAAGUAUUAAAUAUGUCUGGCGAAAAGAACGAAAAGCUGAGUUAUCUGAUGAUGGCGAAGGAAGCGAUCCAGACUGAGAAAUCUCGCAAUGGUACUUCUAAGCAGGCGAUCUUAAAGCAUGUUGUGGACACCUACAAAGUUGAUGUGGAGAAAGCCAAACUGCCUCUUGGACGUGCCCUUAAGAAAGGAGUAGAAUCAGGAGAUUUAAAGAUGGCGAAGGAGUCGGGAAAGGGAGCAAACAGCUACAAGCUCGGAGAUAAGGAUCAGGAGAAGAAAUCGAAACCUACUGCUGCAAAAACCAAAGCUGCAACUGAGAAGAAGACUAAGGAUGAUGCUCCGAAACUUAAGAAAACCACGUCUGCUGCUAAACUUGCCAAGGAAGUUGAAAAGAAAGGCAAGGAUGAUGCGCCUAAACUCAAGAAGACCGCGUCUGUCGUGAAGUUGGCUAAAGAUCAGGAGAAGAAGGCAAAGAAAGAGCCUGCAGCCAAGAAAGAAGCUGCUAAGAAGGAAUCGGUUAAGAAACCAGCCAAGGAAGUUGCCAAGAAGGAAGGUACUACAAAGAAGGAACCUGCUAAGAAAGCUGCUGCAGUUAAGGAACCAGCUAAGAAAGCUGCAGCUAAGGAGCCAGUAAAGAAAGCCGACGCGAAGCGUCAAGCUUUGGAAUCCCUCUCUGAAUCUGAAGAUGGACAGGAUGGACCAGCUAGCCCUGUUAAGAUGGCAAAGAAGGAUCCUGUUAAGAAACCCGUUCCGGUUAUAUCUGAAUCAGAAGAGGAUGAUGUGUCUGAAACCGAAGAUGGACCAGCUAGCCCUGUAAAGCAGAUGGCAAAGAAGGUUCCUGUUAAGAAACCCGUCCCGGUUAUGUCUGAAUCAGAAGAGGAUGUGUCUGUAACCGAGGUAGAAGAUAAGCUGGCUGAUACUGAGGAAGAGAUUGAAGACGACUUUGAGGAAGAUCAGGAGAAUAUCCCUCCUCCUCCGACCAAGAAGGCUCCGGCUAAGAAGGGUGCUGCUAAGGGGAAAGGGAAGAAAUAAAAAAUUCUUUGACCAGUAGUGACGCAAGAUUCAUCAUAGAAUCAUUUUAGUCGUGACGCCAUUUUUUAUGUAUGCGUGACCAGUUGUUAAAAUAAAUACGGACUCUUUCACUUAAA